GGCUGAGGACGAGGGAUCCAUCGUUGAGAGAGAUGGCGGUCAAAGUUGGUGGGCGUGUGCGUAUGGGCUGCAAUGGUUGCCUUGAGCUAUAUAAGUUGCUGACUAAGCCAAAGUAGCUGUAUUUGGUCAAAGCGGCUGCUUACAUUCCAAGUUGCCGCUUUGGCAUUGUCUUUUUAGCCACAUUUAUCUUAUCCUUUGCCCGGCGGAACUAUUCUGUAGGCUUGUUCCUGGUGGGGUCAUCUUCUGGAUGCUAUGAGCAGAAUUCCACCAGGAUUGCUGUAUUUGACGAUAUACAAUCCAACACUUCGACCAGCAGAGCUCACGGACGACGAAGAUGCUGAGGAACAAGCACAUAUUGUAUUCUACACGGCUCGAGAAAGAGCGGUGUCUAGAGACAAGAUUCUCAGACAAGUUGGGUUAGCUAAAGCUUUGAUUAACUUCUCCAGUGUGUUCGACGGGAAUUCCAUUUGCGAGAAUGUACACUCUCAGUCGAGACGAAUGAUUAUGGUCUCACCGGAGCCUGAUUACUGGAUGCAUGCUUGUCUUGAGCUUGCCAGAACACCACGUCCAGUUAUAACCAAAGGCAAGGAUAAAGGAAAGAGCAAGAUUAAGGACCCUGUUCCCUCGAAACCAGAAACAGUAUACGACUAUCAUGACGGUUCUCUUCAUGAUCUGGCCCUCCGUAAACAUCUCUUGCGAGGAUAUGAGCUAUUCAAGCUCACUCACGGGUCUUUUGCAUCGAUCCUGAGUUCCUUAGGACAGCAAGCCUUGGAGUUACAACUUGAGCGAUUCUUCACAGUAUGGGGAUGGCGUUGGGACCCCGAAGAAGAUGUAGACUUCACAAGUCAUCUUGGCCCGCCCUUGCAUCCUCAACAUAAAUUGCUGACUCCUAUUUUGGAUGAUUUCACCGCCAAUGUCGACUUUGACACCACUACAUUUGCAUUAUUACCCCCUCAUCUCAUUCCAUCCUCUACAUUACUCCAUUCGACACUGCCAACAUGUCUUUCGGAACAUAUUAUGUCACGUAUACCCCCACCUCCACCCCCUAUACCACUAUCGACUCAAGACACAUCAGAUACGACUACUCACGAAGUAGACUCGCAAAUUGAGAAGACUGUACCUACUACUGCGCAAUCUGGAGACAAACAUCCUGAUACAAAUAAGCCAGGAACGGCUUUCAUGAGCAUGCCGAACAUGGGUGUCGAGAUGCGAAAUAUCAAAUGGUCAUGGCCCGGGUACCUCACGUUUGGCAAAACGACUUCUGCAAAGCCGUCUGUUCCCCCGACGCCAACUAGUACUCCAUCCAAUCUUGCCAAUGAACCUCCGACUUUGAGCGAUGAAUUUGGUAAGAAGGAAGAUUCUGUUACUCCAGAAGGGGGAAGACUCUCAGUCAAGCCACCGGAUAUUGAUACAGAGUCCUUGAAUGAAGCGAUCAACUCCGAAGUACAUUCUCCGCAACCUUCUCAACUUGGGUCACCAUCACCUUCUUCUCCGUCCCCUGCCGUCUCUUCCUCCCCCAUUGCCUCAUCCUCACCUGAGCCGCGCGAGAAAUCAGCCUCAAAGGAUGCGACGCCACCCUCGGCCGACGAACCCGACGCCGUUCAAGAUGAUCAAACAGAAAUCCAGGAGAAUAAGGAAUCUUCAAUUGACCAUGAAUCGCAGAGCUCUGUCGAAGAAGACCAAGGUUUGCCUGCCUCUAAUGAACCCACGGUCAAUACAGACCCAGUCCCCGCGCCUGUCGCUGAGCCCCAGGUCGAAGAAGCACUCCCUUCAGAGCCAUUACCGAGUUUCCUGACUACUACUGUGUAUUUGGCUGAAGGUGAUGAUCCUUGCGCCACCAUUCGAAGGAAGGUGUUGCACGUAACAGACGUUGUGCAAUUUUGUAGAUGCAUCCGCUGACUUUGGCUUUGAUUGUCGACACUGAUCGGGACUCGAACGACACACUUCUAGUGGAGCAAUGCCUGGCGACCAUGCGCAGGUUACAGGAAAUAAUUUCUUCAGAACAAAGCAAGAGUCUUGAAGCGUCUCUUCCGACGGUGAGCAAGAUCCUGGAGCCACAAGAUAGAUACGUCAUAUCCACGGGCUCCUAUACUGUAACAUCUUCCCAAGGCUUCACUUCUCGGUCGGAACAUUUGUUCAAUGGCCAGCAGAUCUUGCACAGCGACCACGAUGCGUUGGAGGUGUUCUCUCGUGGACAGAACCCACAACAUUGGCAUAUAUCUCGACGAGGUCUGGGUAUGGACCGAGAAGGGCAUGCAGUGGAAGGCGAAGUAUACAUGGAGAUUGCGCGGAAGGAGAGUACUCUGACGGACGUCGACAAUGAGCUUGCUGGGGUUAUCAGAAGAUUUGUUGAGCAGUAGACGUCGAUAUUACUAAGUCACACUUGGAUCAGAUGCUGUAGUUCAUUGUGUGAUGUCAGCUUCAAACCGGAAGACAGCACGAAAACUAGAUCAAUUCGAUAGCAAUCGAGAUACAACUUGGAGUAUAGUGUGCUACGCCACAGCAGGGAUGUAUUCUAACCAGCAAGAAAUUGCGACAAAGCCACUCAACGAGUUCGGGGGUAUUGACGUGAAUCCCAGCACGUCCAUAGUCCAGACAUUAUAUUAUUCCAG